GGUGAGUCAGACCCUGACUGGCGCGCUUGUGGGAGGCGGCCGCGUCGAGUCGGGUCGCAUUAAGUUAAAUGGACACGUGCUGCGGUCUCUCCCGAGACACUGCGCGCUCGGUGCCCGCGAGAGGAGGCUGACGAGGCGCCGGAGCCCGCUCCUUGCACCCGUUGGCGUUCGCCGCCCCCCCACCGGCCGCCAUCGCCGCCAUGCAGUCCCGGGAAGAGGCUCCGCGCUCGCGCCGCCUCGCCAGCCCCCGCGGCGGCAAGCGACCCAAGCGAGUCCACAAGCCCACGGUGGCGGCUUUUUUCACGGGCCCCGAGGAACUGAAGGACUCGGCGCACUCGGCCGCCUUGCUGGCCCAGCUCAAGUCCUUCUACGAUGCGCGGCUGCUCUGCGAUGUGACCAUCGAGGUGGUGACACCGGGCAGCGGGCCGGGCACCGGCCGCCUCUUCCCUUGCAACCGCAACGUGCUGGCCGCCGCCUGCCCCUACUUCAAGAGCAUGUUCACGGGCGGCAUGUACGAGAGCCAGCAGACGAGCAUCACCAUGCACGACGUGGACGCCGAGUCUUUCGAGGUGCUGGUGGACUACUGCUACACGGGCCGGGUGUCACUGAGCGAGGCCAACGUGGAGCGCCUGUACGCCGCCUCCGACAUGCUGCAGCUCGAGUACGUGCGCGAAGCCUGCGCCUCUUUCCUGGCCCGCCGCCUGGACCUGAGCAACUGCACGGCCAUCCUCAAGUUCGCCGACGCCUUCGGUCAUCGCAAGCUGCGCUCGCAGGCCCAGGCCUUUAUCGCCCACAACUUCAAGCAGCUCAGCCAGAUGGGCUCCAUCCGGGAGGAGAGCCUGGCCGACCUGACCCUGUCCCAGAUGCUCACCGUCCUGCGCCUGGACAGCCUCAAUAUUGACAAUGAGCAAACCGUGUGCCACGUGGCGGUGCAGUGGUUAGAGGCUGCCCCCAAGGAGCGUGGGCCCAGCGCUGCCGAGGUCUUCAAGUGCGUCCGCUGGACUCACUUCACCGACCAGGACCAGGAUUACCUGGAAGGACUGUUGACCAACACCAUUGUGAAGAAGUACUGCCUCGACCUCAUUGAAGGGGCCCUGCAGAUGCGGUAUGGGGACAUGCUGUUCAAGGCUGUGGUGCCCAAGCCUGAGACCAGCAGCAGCAGCUCCCUGGUAUCUGCCGUGGAGAACCCACCCGAGAGACUGGGGGUGUGUGCCAAGAAGAUGGUGAUCUUCUUUGGACAUCCCAGGGAUCCGUUUCUGUGCUGUGACCCGUACACUGGGGACAUGUACAAAGUGCCAUCGCCUGUGACCUGCCUUGCUCAUACGAGGUCUGUGACGACCUUAGCCGUCUGUGUAUCUCCGGACCAUGACAUCUACCUUGCUGCCCAGCCCAGGAAAGACCUGUGGGUGUAUAAGCCAGCCCAGAACAGUUGGCACCAGCUGGCUGACCGCCUGCUCUGCCGGGAGGGCAUGGAUGUGGCCUACCUCAAUGGCUAUAUUUACAUCUUGGGUGGGCGAGACCCUAUUACUGGAGUUAAACUGAAGGAAGUGGAAUGCUACAGUGUCCAGAGGAACCAGUGGGCGCUGGUGGCACCCUUACCCCACUCUUUCAUAUCCUUUGACCUAAUGGUAAUUCAGAACUAUCUCUAUGCUCUGAACAGUAAGCGCAUGUUCUGCUAUGAUCCUAGCCAUAAUAUAUGGCUGAAGUGUGUGUCUCUGAAGCGGAACGACUUUCAGGAAGCCUGUGUCUUCAAUGAUGAGAUCUACUGUAUCUGUGACAUCCCUGUUAUGAAGGUCUACAAUCCAGUCAGGGGAGAAUGGAGACAGAUGAAUAACAUUCCCCUGGUAUCGGAGACCAACAACUACCGGAUCAUCAAUCAUGGCCAAAAAUUGCUGUUGAUCACCUCACGUACUCCACAGUGGAAGAAAAAUCGUGUGACUGUAUAUGAAUAUGACAUUGGGUCAGAUCAGUGGAUUAAUAUCGGGACCACAUUAGGUCUCUUUCAGUUUGAUUCCAAUUUUUUUUGCCUUUCAGCUCGUGUUUAUCCUUCCUGCCUAGAAUCUGGUCAUAGUUUUCUCACUGAGGAAGAAGAAGUGCCCAGUGAGUCUAGUACUGAAUGGGACUUAGGUGGAUUCAGUGAGCUGGAUUCCGAGUCAGGAAGCUCAAGUUCUUUAUCUGAUGAUGAUUUGUGGGUACAAGUAGCACCUCAGUGAAAUGCACAGGAAAAGUGGAGUUUUUUACAGCUAGUUUGAAACCUAAUGUGAUUUUCUGCUAUGGAAUGUAUCUUAAGAGAGUUACCCUUUCUAUUUUCUGGAGAAAAUAAGUUGAUUCUUUCAGUUUCAGUUUAGAAAGGGUAUGUUUGAAUUACUAAUUGUCGUUUAAUGUUACAGAAUUUUAAAACACUAAAAUUAAUAAUUUACUGUUCUACAAGCCCAGUAUUGUUUUAUUAUAUCUGUUUCAUUAUGCUCUUAAACUUUUAUUAUUGAAUUUAAUAUUCUGUUUAGUGCCACAAGUGCUGUAAUUUGAAUUUUAGUUUUUAUAAUAGAAAAUUUAUUGGAUAGGAAUUACUAAAUAGGGUUUUGAGAGAAUAUAUCUUUUCUUUCAGAAUAGUGUAAUAGAUUUUCAAAACUUUAGUAUUUACACUAAUUUAUAUGUUACAGUUUCAGUAGUUUGCUAAGUUUUAGUUUAGUGUCCUCUUAUGUGAAGAAUGAUGCCUAUACAUUUAAUGUGACUGAAUAGUGAUAUCAUUUGCAGUUAUAUAAAGAAUGACUAAACUCACUGAAGGUAAAAACAAAAAAAAAGAGGAUUCUAUUGUUUGGAAAGAAGUUUAAUUUUGUAGUGUAAAAUGGGUAUUUGCCACAAGUGACCAAAUUUCCAUCUAAAAGAGUUCAUUCUAGUGGUAUUGUCAGUUGUCUGAAAACCUUAAAAAUUUAACUUGCUUUGUAGGUUCAUAUUUAACAAAAAAUCCAUACUUGACACAGGCUUCAUUGAAUCAGAGGAAAAAAUCCUUUUUCACUGGAGAUGAUUAUGUAAAUUUUUAUCCAUUGUGUUAAAAAAAAAUUUAUGUGACUCUUAAAAUAUUUUGACUGUACAGUUUUGGUGUUCAUCUUAGAGAUUUUGUCAACUGUGUGAUUAUUAUUAAUGUUUUGUGAGGUAAUAUUGAUUUUGAAAAUAUGUAUAAACUAAGAACAGUAUUUUGUUGAGAUCAGUAGUUAUUGUGUCUAUCAAUUAUAAAAUCAAGUGCCAGCAGAGAACUUUAAAACUUCAUUGUGUAUCGAACUGUUUUGUGUGUCCUUGACAUAUUCUGUAAGUUUUGUAAGUUACUAAAUGUUAUUAUCAGCUUAAAGGUAUUUUUGUAUUAAAAGUAUACAGUUAACUUACACAGUGAAUGGUAGCAUUUGAGGCCAGUCCUGAAAAUAUAUUUGUUUUGUCUCAGAUUCCCCAAGCAGCGUAAACACUACUAUUUUGUUACAGUAUUUGUAUUUGUUCUAUGUUUCUCUGUGAAUCAUGUUCCAGUCUUGCUUCUCUCAAGGGAAAGUCCAGAACUAGAGACUAAAUCACAAAACUGACAUUGUUAAAUACAAAAACAUCUUAAGUGCUUACCUCAUGUGGACUUACUAAAUAUGUUUGUCCUUAACAUAUACACGAUAAACCACCAGAUGCAUAUAGUAUAUAAUUUUCCAUAUUCAGUUAGAAUAAUCUCCCAGAAUCUUCAUUCCAUAACGUGCUAAUUAUUCUGUUUAUUCUCUGUGAUAGAAAAGUGACAUUUCAUACACUUAAACAGUAUAGAGGAAUGUGCUUCUGGAUAGAGAUCUAAGUUUUUGAUAUAUACAGAGAAAUAAAAAUGAAGAAGUGGAGAUAAACGUAAAGAAAGUCUUAGCUAAUUUGGCCAUUUGGAUAUUCUACAAAGCAUUCCUACUUAACAUUUUUUUUGUGAACUAGAUGCUUGUCCUAGCAGUUCCUUCAAAAAGGCAAACAUGCUCUAGUUGUCUUAAGGCUAAAUAUUGUUCCAUUUGACAGCAGAGUUGUAUAAGCUUAACACAAUGCCGUUUUUCAGUAGUGUUAUUUUUUUGGCCAACUUCUCUUCACCAGUAACUUCUUGUUGAUAGUUUGUUUUUGUCAGAUUGAAACAGGAUAAAUCUGAUUCAGUCUGCAGAAUUAAGGUAUGCUGCCAGUUUGUAAAAGGACAAAUUCUUCAAUUUGUCAUUUUCUGCCUUUGAGGUAAAGCCUAAGCUAAAUAGUAGUAAUAUCUUUGUUUACAAAGAGGUUUUCUGGGAAGAAUUUUGGUUUUGUGACAUGUUUGUGAAUUAUGGAAUAGAUGUUAAUCAUUAUUUUAUAGCUAAGUGGUUUGUAUGUGAUUAGUUAUAAAUAAAACUGGUACUAGAAUCCUGA